UGUCGACGAGCCCGAAGGUGAAGAAGAGGAGGAGGAUGACGAGGAGGAGGAGAAGGCCUCGGUGGACGUGAUCAAACCCGCCCUGGAGCCGGAGGCGGAGCCUGCAGUGUGUCCCUGUGUGACCUCCGAGACGAGCCGAGAGCCCCGCAGCGCGGCGGGGGAGACAACAGAAGCUCCGAAGAGAGUUUCAGCCCUGAGGAGGAAGAAAGCUGAGAAGACGACCGAAGAGCCGAGAAGGAAAGCUCUGCCCAGGAUUUCAAUUCUGCCGCCGGCCACCAGGAGGAUCGGGAGACUUCCUCCUCCGUUCAGAGAGAUUCCAAUAAAAAAAGCCAGGAGAGUGGAGAAGCCUCCGACCAAGACUCCCAAAAAAAAGACAGAGACCAAAAAACAAGAAGAAGAAGAAGAACUCCCCGAAUCUGUACAAGAAGUUGGCCCUUGCAGACCUGCACCGGUCUACUGCCCGUCCCCACCCGGCUGGUACGUUCACCACGUCGUCACAGACAACCCGUACCCUCCUCCGACCAUGACAGCUCCCUCGGCUCCGGUGCUGACCACUCACCCCGCCGUCCACCCCGGAGCGCCGCCGCUCUACCAGCAGCAGCCGAUGCAACCGCUCUACGUUCAGUACCAAGGGUAUCCACAGAUGAUGCAGCCACAGAUGCAGCCGCAGAUGCUGCCGCAGAUGCAGCCGCAGAUGCAGCCGGUGAUGCAGCCGGUGAUGCAGCCGGUCCCAGCAGGUGCGCCGGUCCAGCCAGACGCCCCAGAGGUCCAGACUCCAGCUGCUGGAGCUCCGCCGGCUGAGGCUGCAGUCCAGGAACCGGAGCCGGCUAAAGACGAAGUGAAGGCUGCUGCCUCCUCCCAGAAAGCCGAAAAGAAGAAAACCAAGGCUGCCGAUUCAGAGAAAGAGCCGGCAGCAGCCGCCGAGAACUCAAAGAAAGAGCCGACUGAAAGAAAAGAGAAGAACAAGAGUUCUGCAGGGACGAAGAGGAAAGAGCCGGUUUUAAAAGAGAAAUCGAAACAUGUUGCAGUGGCGAAGAAAGAGCCAUCUUUACAAGAGAAAACCAAACCUGUUGCUGUGGCUAAGAAAGAGCCGGCUGUACAGGUGAAAGCUGCUGCAGCCGCUAAGAAAGGGCCUGCAGCUGUGCGACCGAAGAGGAAAUCCUCCCCUGAGAAGCCAGAAACAUCGCCCGUCAGGAGCAAAGUCAAAGCCGCUGCAGCAAAGAGAGAUCCAGAACCGCUUCCGAUCAAACUGAGCCGGCGGCUAGAAGCUGUGAGGAGGGCGAACGUGACGGAGGACAAAGCGGCCAGACCUCCGUCUGAAGCCGCCAAAACUAGAACGAAAUUAUUGCCGGACAAGAAAAGCAAAGCUGAGAAGGCUGAAAAUAAAUCUGUCAAAGAGGCUCGAGAUGAAGACAAACAACCACCACAAGCGAAAGAAACCCAGACAGACGACGACGCAACGGAAAAGAAGAAACCAAGCCAGCGAUACUUCCAGUGCAUCUACGUCCCCGGUAAAAACGCCCAGUACCCGUUGCGACCUUUGACCCCGGCCAUGUCCCCCGCCAUGAUGAGCCCGGCCAUCAGGUCCAUGUUGGAGCAGCAGCAGAGAGCGGCGAGGGCGUCGGGGCAAUAACCACGAACUCCCACCUCUCGUCCGACGAGCGUCGCAUCUCCACCCGGCCGGCAGGAGGAGAUGUUUGUUUAAAAUCUGUGGAGUCCUUAAAUUCUAAAGGAAAACCCACAGACGGAACUAUUUUUGUCUUUUUAUUUAUUUAUGUGCUUAUUUCCUCUCUGUGUGGUUGAGCUCAGCUGAUGCUUCGAUUAAAUAUACAAUCCAAACCCAGGAAGAAGCGUUUAUGUGGUAACUCAUGAAGCAUAAUGUACAUAGAGCUGGAUUUUAAACAUUUAGAUCACGAAUAAUCGUGCAUACCUUUUACUUCUGCAGUCGGGUUUAACAAACUCUCUACGGCAUCCUAAUUUAAUUUUUAAUUGUGCACAGCGAGAAACUCACAAUACUCGUAUAAAAAAACAAAUCUGAUAAUAAAGAAUAGAAUUUUGCAUCAAAUGUUAAAACGAAAAAUAAAUCGGAAAACUAUAAAGAAACGAGCGAAAAAAAGAAUUAUUUAGCCUCUUUCUUCUUCUUGCAGCAGUGAAGAGGAAGACUAGCUCACUGCAGGACAUGCCACAGUUUGUAAAACAGGCUUUAUUUAAAUGAACACUUGUGCUAAUUCAACUAUAACGUCUUGAGGUUUACGUGCUGAGUCUUUGGUCCCCUCAUCUAAAUAUACUAAUAUGGUAUUAUUUAUACUGCGGAUAGCUUUUUGUAUGAUUGAACAACAAAAUUGCGGAUGACAAAUCAGCUUUGUUGGUCUAAAAUGUGCAGUUUGCAUAAUUGACGACAUCGAAUUUCUAUAAAUUGUAUCUGCAAUUUUUUCUUCUUUUUGAACUUGACUACAAAGAACAAGAAGCUUUAAUCCUGGUUUUAACUUCAGUUUAUUGAAUCUUAACAGUUCUGAAUCUGUGCAAUUAAUUCCUCCCAUGCUUCGCACUGGUUGACCCGCUUGUGGGCGGGACUUGGGAGCAACUGAAGACUGAUGUUUGAGGCGAGGCAAUGAUGUGGGCACCUGGCGUAGUUCAGGUGCUUUUGAUUUUUUAGAAAAAUUAUUUGAGUCUUAUUCCAUGCUGGUGGGUGCCCUGAAACAACAUCUGCUCUGCAGCUGCUUGAUAUCAGUAUUAUUAGAAAGUAAUUACACCAAACAGCUGCAGCUGUGUGCUGUAAAUUGUGUUUUUUAAACUCAUACAUAAUUGUAAUCUCACCAAACUAUGCAGCUAAUGUCAUAGCAUUCACAAAGUGACGACAUCGGAGAUUACACAUUCUUAUUAUAGAUUUGUACGUUUAUGUGAAGCUGUUAAGAGCAACGCAUCUCUUCAAUCUAACUAACUUCCAUCACAUUUGGUUUCUCAUGGGACAUGGACAGCGGUCUCCUGGGUGAAAGUCCAGCUCUGUGUUUGUUUGUAUUCUUAAAACUUGUCGACUUUUUGGGGCUUUUGCUCAGCAUUUUUUAGGUCAGUUUUUUUGUGAUAAUUUUGUACGUAACUAUAUAAAAAGAAAAGUCAAAACUUAAAUCGGAUCUGACUGAGCUGCAGUCCACGUAACCGUAAGUCGCCAUUUUAAAGGAUUCCUGUGCACUUCUUGGCCACUAGAGGCACUGUAGAGCAAAGUGUCCAUGAGCACGAGGAACUGCGGACGCCUUUAAACCUUUUUGAGACAUUCAGUGAGGUAGGAAAGAGACUCAGGUGCUCGUUAGGCUUAAAAUGUCACAUCACCAGAUGCUUAUUAUAACCCUUCACUUCACAUAACUCCCAUUAGGAACAGCUGGCGGUGGUAACGUGUAGCUGUAACGAGUAGCUGUAACUUUUAAAAUUUAAAAAACAGUUCUAUAUUUAACAUUGCAACAGCAUAAAGACCCAACUUCUUUUGUUAUUGCUCCUUUGUGUACAAGGGUCAAAGGUAACACGACAAUAACAUAUUUGAUUAAUUAAUUUGAAGACAUGAGAAUAAAAAUACUGGCGUUGUCCGUUGGUUGAACCUUUACGUUUCUGCACCAAAAGUUUCAUACCGAUAUCUCUACAACCAGUGAAACCGAACUCUCAUAAAUAUUUAGGUUUAUGUAUAUAAAACUCUUUGGUAGGUUUAGUAAAACCUCCUGUUUUGGGUUAAAAUAAGUUACUUUACUUUUGACGUUUACUUUAAAAUUAAUGACAAACGGGACACUAACUCCGUGACACAAACUUAACUCCGUCAACCCUGACCUCCGUGACAAAAAUUUUCGGAGACUUCAGAUUAAACGUAUUUGCGAUAAGUUUAAUACAAAUGUUCCCUUUAACUGUUAUUUCAGGUUUUUUUGUCAUGCGGGAACGUCAUUUUUUUCCGGAGACACACAAAGGGAAUGUAAAGACGGGCCGACAUGCUUUAUGGGGACAUAGAGUCAGACCGACGUGCUUUAUGGGGACAUAGAGUCAGACCGACGUGCUUUAUGGAGACAUAGUCAGACAGACGUGCUUUAUGGGGACAUAGAGUCAGACCGACGUGCUUUAUGGGGACAUAAAGUCAGACCGACGUGCUUUAUGGGGACAUAGUGUCAGACAGACGUGCUUUAUGGGGACAUAGUCAGACCGACGUGCUUUAUGGGGACAUAGAUUCAGACCGACGUGCUUUAUGGGGACACAGAGUCAGACAGACGUGCUUUAUGGGGACAUAGAGUCAGACAGACGUGCUUUAUGGGGACAUAGAGUCAGACCGACGUGCUUUAUAGGGACAUAGUCAGACCGACGUGCUUUAUGGGGACAUAGAGUCAGACCGACGUGCUUUAUGGGGACAUAGAGUCAGACCGACGUGCUUUAUGGGGACAUAAAGUUUUUGUAUUUGCGUCGUGGACUCACUAUGAAGUGAGUCCACAGCAUGCAGCUCUUUGUUUACGUCACAGAGUCUUCAGGAGCUUCUAUAACCAGGUGUCUGAACCCUGGAGGGAUAAGAAGAACCUGCUACAGAGUAUAAAUGUUUUUAAACUUCUUAGAAAAUUAUUUUCAGAAGUGUAAAUGAAUGUUUGUUUUUUUGCGAAUCAAAUAAUUUGUUUCGAGGUUUUAACGCAACGAUCUUUAAGAUUUCAGUCCUGGUUGAUUUAGAAUUUAUGUGUGAGUGAAAACUAAAUUAAUUCUGGAGAAGUGACCCACUAACAUCCUAUUUUUUCAGAUGUAUGUGCAAAGUAAUUUUUUUUCCGUGUGGUUAAAAUGGAGAAAACCUGCGAUACAUAUUAUUUUUUCUGCCUUUUAUAUAUAAAUAUAAUGUUGUUGGUUAUAGGCCUCAGCAAUGGCCACUGACUUAACUGAAAAUCUUCGAGAUUGCGACUUUAUUGUGUUGCAAUGAGUGAGAAGAGAGCAGGUUUAAAUAUGUUUUGGUUCUUUUUUCUCUUUGAGAGCGAUCUCUUAUUUUGUUAAUGUUUCUUAUGUUAUUUGAGUGAAGGCGUAAUUUACAGGAGGUACAGUGACACGUGUUUAAAAUGUGUAAUUCAGUCAGUCAGAUGCUGCAUGGACAAUGCAGAUACUAGUUUAUUUGAUCUGUUGCUUUCUGGAGACGAAUCACCUCAUGAGUUUUUUGUGUGUGUGUUACAUAUCAUCAGACAUGUAAUUGUGGAGCGAUAAUUGGUAUGUUGGUAUGUAUAGGCCGCCUUCUGCGUGUACGGUGAAGCUGAGGCAGACGAUGAUGUCACGGGAGAAGGUUUUAAAACAAUUUAAAGCUGCACUUGAGGGACUCCACUGAGAACUUCCGCUGUGAUUAUACGUAGGAAUAAAUCGCCAAAAAAUGCAUUUUGUGAGUCAGAAUUUCAAUAAAUAUUUGCAGUCAGUUACUGUUUUUUUCUCACAAGAAAAUUGCUUGGAAAACAUAUUUUUAUGGACAUUUAUUUAUUAACAGUUAACUGUCAAUGUUUUCAUUUAAUUUCCUUAGAACAUACAGUAUAUAAGAAUAAAUAAAUGAAGCCAAAUGUUUGUUUGUUCACCCAUUUAA